AUACCACAAAUGCAUUUAUUUCAUUUUUAAUAUUUAAUAAUAUUAUUUUAAAAAGCAUAUUCUCGUAUUUUUUUGUAAAGUGUUCAUUCUCUGAUCAGUCUUUUAAAAAAUAGUAAAUCACAUAAUUUCUUUAAAAAUGUAGUAACAUAUACACUCAUUUAAAUUUGAAAGCUUCAAAUUAAUAUCAAAAGUGUAUCGAAAAAAUACUAGCAGUUAUUAAAGGUCACCUUAACGAACUCUAUUAUUUUGAUUUUAGUUUUUUGGCUGACAAUAUUUCAGUGCAAAAUGUUCGCCAAUAAAGCUGCAAAAAGCAACAACUUGGUCACCAACACUCAACAGAAAUUCAAAGCACAGCUCAAGUUCAACGAGAAAUCGUUUCGCAAUGGCGGCUUUGAAUCUGCGUCCGGCCUCUUGCGAAAAUCCGGAAGUCAAUUGAAACAGACAAAACUGAGUCUUUGCCAGCGAGACAAUAAGCUAAUUUUUUCGGGAUUUGUGGAAGAGCCCUUAAAAGCCAAGUCCAAGCUUGAGUUUGGCUACGAGCCAAAUGUAAAAGUCAAAGCAGAACCGGCGACAACGUUAUCAACCGCACCAAUGUCAAAGCCCGGUCGCAAUUUGCUAAGUCUUAUUGGACGCGUGGACUUUUGCAUUAAAAUGCAGAGAACACAGCUGAAAUUGAAUGCGAUCUGGAAUGUCUAUGGUAAUCUGUUGCGCAUUAUUGAGGGCAAACGAGGAGAGCGCACAUUGCUGUUGCGAAACGAUGACAAUGGACCAAUUCUUCAAAGCAUCUUCUAUGACUUUGCGGGUGAAUUGGAGUCACUCUCUAAUGGCUGUUACGUCCAUGUUGUGGGACGCUUCACAGGUGAGAAUCGAUUAAACACCUUUAGCGUGGCACAGGUAAGCAUUGCAGAAUGGCAACUAAAUUUCUCACGAAUUGAGAACCUGACCUCAUACUUAUUAAUGCAAAAUAUCAUUCACAAGUAG